CUGCUCACGGCGGGCGCCUCCCAGCAUUGACCGGCCCACACUCUCCGGCUCCGACCACGUGGUCGUCGCCUCGCCCGCCACCACCUCCCUCUUCUUCCACGAUCCAUCCAUCCACAUCCACGCGCACCCCGGCCGUAUAUAUCCAUCCAUCUCCACCCGCCCGACCUCAUUCAUCCUCUGCUCUCCGCCGAUAAAUCCUCCUCCUCUGCUCCCUCCUGCUCUCUCCUCGCCGCCACCUUACUCCGAAUUCGAUGGACCUGCAUGCGGAGCUGCGGCGCCCGGCGGCGCCCCACGAGGCGGCGCUGAGGGCCGUGCAGAAGCCGCCCGCCAAGCCCUGGCGCGGGGGAGCCGGAGCCGCCGCCACCGCGGCCCCGCCCCCGCCGCCCAAGGUGUACCGCGUCGAGCCCCGGGAGUUCCGGGACCUCGUGCAGAGGCUCACCGGCGCGCCGCCCGCGGCCACGGCCAGGGGCGGCGUGGCGCCGCGGCCGCAGCAUCAGCAUCAGCUGGCGACGGCGGUGCAGCCGCAGCAGCCGGUGGCCGUUCGCGCUUCAGGGGACCACCAGCAGCAGCUUUACGGCUCGCCGUGGUUCUCGUUCCCGCUAGCCGGGGUGGACGGCGCCAACGCCGGCGGACUCAUGUAGUCACCUACCUCUGCCUGGUGGUGAAGCAUGCAUCAAGGGAAGACAAGGGACGGGAUGCAGCAAAUCAAAGCUUUCUCCUUAAUUUUUUCUUGGUUAUUACAGUAGUUUGUUUCUGAAACAAGGAAGGGAAUCGAAGAGCAUACAAGAAUCAACAGCAGCAGUCACCACACCAACACGCUGGCAAUUAGGCAGGGCAGGCAGACACAUAGAUGAAUUUAUUAAUGAUGUUGAAUAAUAAUGUCAGUAUAUAGUACUAGCUAAUAGUUAGUUACUCUGUUAAUUACAACUACCAGCAGUAAGUACCGGUGUUCAUAGACAGUCUUCGUAUCACUGUAACAAGUGUGAUGGAAAAAUAUUGAGAUAUAUGUUGGUGUUGCAGUCCAGCUGCCUGCUGAAUAACAUAAAGUCUUUUCAAA